CAUGAUACAUCAGAACAAUCAUUUAUAGGAUUUAAUGAUUCCUACUAAGAACGGACGCAUUCUUUGAACCUUAACUAUCUGUAUUUGGUCCGGUCAUUUGAUUUGGUAAUAGUAAUAAAGCUAAUAACGAAUAGAAAAGAAUAACGGCUUGGAUCGUGUAUCGACGGACAAUCUACGGUAGAAGAGAAGGUUCCAUCGGAACAAUUAUUUAUUUCAGGAUACCUCGUCUCUUUUUUUUGAAAAAAAAAAGGAGGAAGUGUGAGGAAAAAUGACAAGAAGAUAUUGGAACAUCAAUUUGGAAGAGAUGAUGGAGUCGGGAGUUCAUUUUGGCCAUGGUACUAGAAAAUGGAAUCCUAGAAUGGCACCUUAUAUCUCUGCCAAGCGUAAAGGUAUUCAUAUUACAAAUCUUACUAGAACUGCUCGUUUUUUAUCAGAAGCUUGUGAUUUGGUUUUUGAUGCAGCAAGUAAGGGAAAACAAUUCUUAAUUGUUGGUACCAAAACUAACGCAGUUGAUUCAGUAGCACGGGCUGCGCUAAAGGCUCGGUGUCAUUAUGUUAAUAAAAAAUGGCUCGGUGGUAUGUUAACAAAUUGGGCCACUACAGAAACGAGACUUCAUAAGUUCAGGGACUUGAGAACGGAACAAAAAACGGGGAAACUCAACCGUCUUCCGAAAAAGGAUGCCGCUAUGUUGAAAAGACAAUUAUCUCACUUGCAAACGUAUCUGGGCGGGAUUAAAUAUAUGACGGGGGUACCCGAUAUUGUAAUCAUUGUUGAUCAGCACGAAGAAUAUACGGCCCUUCGAGAAUGUAUCACUUUGGGAAUUCCAACAAUUUGUUUAAUCGAUACAAAUUGUGACCCGGAUCUCGCGGAUAUUUCGAUUCCAGCCAACGAUGAUAGAAUGGAUAUGCUCUGGGAUGGAAGGAUUCGAACCUCCGAAUAG